AUGGACUUUUCUAGUAGAGAUAAAUUUAAGAGAUUAAGCUUUUACAUAUCUUUAACAUCUUUUAACACUCUUAAUCCUAUAGCUUCAAGCACAAAUGCCAGCCUGAUAUCCACUUCAUCUACAAUUGCCAAUAUUCCAGCAGCAGCAGUUUCCAGCAUCUCAAACCAGGACUAUCCCACCUAUACUAUCCUUGGUCAGAGUCAGUACCAGACUUGCUACCCCAGCUCCAGCUUUGGAGGCACAGGCCAGACUAACAGUGACACUGAGAGUACCACAUUAGCGGCAGCCACAUACCAGACCGAGAAGCCUAGUGUCAUGGGACCUGGACCUACAGCACAGAGACUUUCCUCGGGAGACCCUUCUUCAAGUCCUUCUUUGUCCCAAACUACACCAAAUAAAGAUGCUGAUGACCAGUCCAGAAAAAACAUGACUGGCAAGAACCGAGGCAAGAGGAAAGCUGAUGCCAGCUCUUCCCAGGACAGUGAAUUGGAACGGGUAUUUCUGUGGGACUUGGAUGAAACCAUCAUCAUCUUUCACUCCCUUCUUACUGGAUCCUAUGCUCAGAAAUAUGGAAAGGAUCCAACAGUAGUGAUUGGCUCAGGUUUAACAAUGGAAGAGAUGAUUUUUGAAGUGGCUGAUACACAUCUAUUUUUCAAUGACUUAGAGGAGUGUGACCAGGUGCACGUGGAAGAUGUGGCUUCUGAUGACAAUGGCCAGGACUUGAGCAACUACAGUUUCUCAACAGAUGGUUUCAGUGGGUCAGGAGGCGGUGGCAGCCAUGGUUCCUCUGUGGGUGUCCAGGGAGGUGUGGACUGGAUGAGAAAGCUGGCUUUCCGCUACCGAAAAGUGAGAGAAAUCUAUGAUAAGCAUAAAAGCAACGUGGGUGGCCUGCUCAGUCCCCAGAGAAAGGAAGCACUGCAGAGACUAAGAGCAGAAAUUGAAGUUUUAACAGAUUCCUGGUUAGGAACUGCAUUAAAGUCCUUACUUCUCAUCCAGUCCAGAAAGAAUUGUGUGAAUGUUCUGAUCACUACAACUCAGCUGGUUCCAGCUCUGGCCAAGGUUCUCCUAUACGGGCUAGGAGAAAUAUUUCCUAUUGAAAACAUCUAUAGUGCUACCAAAAUUGGUAAGGAGAGCUGCUUUGAGAGAAUUGUGUCUAGGUUUGGAAAGAAAGUCACAUAUGUAGUGAUUGGAGAUGGACGAGAUGAAGAAAUUGCAGCCAAACAGCACAACAUGCCUUUCUGGAGAAUCACCAACCAUGGAGACCUGGUGUCCCUCCACCAGGCUUUGGAGCUUGAUUUUCUCUGAGAACUGGAAUGAAGACCCUUCCCCGUGAGCUCCUUUUCACUCCUGAAGGGAGCUAGAGACCGGAACCAUCUGGGAACUCUCUCUCUGUCUCUGUCUCCGUUUCUGUCUCUGUCUCUGUGUGUGUGUCUCUCUCUUUCUCCAUGGAAUGCUGGCGAGAACACAAUCAGAACCAACAGCUGCAAGGGACGAAGCUUAUUUUUGCUAAGAGUGAGCUGCAGCCCUGUGUUCAUCCUCAUACAGAGGCAGGAGACAGUUGGAUUGAGAGAACAAUAGACUCACCGCAGCUACAGUGCUUUUAAUUCUUCUGUUUUUUGUUUCGUUUUAUUUUGUUUCAAAAAAUGAAGAAAAGAAAAGGAAGUUCUUGGAGCAGAGUUGCACUCUUAGUUUGUGCCCAGUUUGAGAACUGCUCUGAACUUGAGGGAACAGGAUAGAUGUGGCAGACUUUUGCGAUACCAUCUCUUGCAGUCUUUGUAAUCUCCUUAGCUCUAGAACAUAUUCCCAGGGAAUGUAUAUGUUAUUUUUAUAGUUAAGGGUCUGGUCUCUGAAGCAGGUUUUCCCUCCUUUCUUUUUCUAGCAAGAAAGGGGUGUGUAAAGUUUCCUUGGAAAAUAGCAGUUGAAAUAUCUAAGAUACCUCUCUGUGACAGUAGCACCUCUAGCUGCCCCAGCGGUCUGCUCUCUAGGGUGGUUUCCUUCCCGUGCUUCCAUCUCCUAGUUUGCUGAACUCUGGGGCACUGGACACUGAUUAACUUUAGACUUUGGUAUUUCCCAUCCUAGAAGCCUUAGUCCCCUUUCCAAUCCCUGUCCCCCUUCAACCAAAUGGCACAGCCCUAGAAACUCCCUCUCUUAAGACGUAAAUUCUAAGCCUUCAGCUAGACUUUUAUUCAAAGACUGUGUCCCAGAGGGCUUACGUCCCAACUGGAGGGAAAGGACUAAGGCUUCUUAGGAAUUUCUGCUUCUUUGGCUCUUGAAACAAGAAGAUUCCACCUUUUCCUCCUGCAGAGAAGCACCCUCCCCCAGCAGAUGCUCACCCCUACAGCCUUCUCCUCCUUCUUAAUCAUCAGUACUAAACUCUUGCCCCUUUCCUGCCCUCUGUACCUCACAUCCGCCUCCAUGCAGCUCUGGCCAGUCGCUCGGCUUUGGACCCAAGAAGUUAAAUCAAAUCUAAGAACAGACUCGUAACUACAUUUGACUUCCUUUGAAGCCCUUAAGCCAAGAAAGGUAUUUUGGGCAUAUAUUUACCCAAAUCUCUUCCUGAAACUGAAGAACAGAUUGCUAUGAUCAAAACCUACUUUUCCCAUGGAACACCCUUCCUGCUUCUCAAAUCCCAUUCUAAAAUGGGAAACCAGAAGGCCAGAAAGACUUUCCUGAUCUAAAUGAGGGUGCUGGGACCCCACUCCAUGCCUGAAAAUUGAAUCCUGGGCUAAAUGCAGGAACGUCUCUCACCCUGACCUCUAGGAAGAUUGGUGGGUGCCAGGCAACUAACCCCAGCCUUACAGCCCAGCUGUGUUGUGGAUGCUCCAUCCCUCCAAGACAAACGUGGGCGUCUGCUCAGGCAGGAUUAACUUCCUAGAGAUGAGGAAGUUGAGCCUCUCCCCGGCUGCCUGGAGAAGUGAUCAUAUAAGCACCUCAGGUGUGCAGUCUGGGUCCUCAGUAGGAGGCAUCCCUUGACCAACCCCAGCUGUAAUUGCUCGCCCCCAGAGAUUCUGGGUAUCCAUUUCCAGAAAUGUUGUGGCACAAAGGGGCCAGGCUCCUUCCGACGCCAGACCACCCAAAUGGCAGCAGAGAAAAACUGAUAGACACAUUCCUCCCGAACUGAUGGGGAAAGUGCUCCAUUACUCACAAUUUUAGGGAAGCAGUUUUUGGGAAGGAGCUGAAGUCCGUGCUCAUUACUUAGCUGCCUCUCUGACCUUGCCGCCUCUGGCAGGUGGGGAAGAGAUGGGGCGUGCAGUUGGAGGCCAGCCUUCCAUUGUCUGUGUUCAGCAUAGUUGUCCACAUGCUGCUUUGCCUUGCUUGAUAAUUGAUCUUAGAAAGCUCUAUGAUGGGCCUUUCUUGCAGGCCCUAAGGUCUCCCCAUACUGCAGUAUAACUGUUGGUUCCCUGCACUGGACAUAGGCCACCUGGUUGGUGCUGUACUUCAGGCUUGUGAGGCUGUGGAGUGGUACCCCGUCACGCACACAGGGCCACACACGAACACUUCCCUCUCCCUGCCCUUUGGGAGAAGCUCUUUAUCCCUAUGAGUUGGACUCCUCUUUCAACGGCAUUUCCCUCACUCCCCCAAGCCGGCCCUGACUCCCCAGCUUGGGUCUUUGCAAAAGGAACUUGAAAUUGGUGAAGAGAGGUAAGGAAACUCUACCCAGCAGAGCCCUUCUGCUUUCUUCUGGUUGUUGCUGCCCUCAUUAUAGGACAGACAGAAAAUGAGAGCUUCUCGAUUCCUCUCUGCCAAAAUGAGUUAUCCAGGGAACACAGCGUUCUUCUACCCUGUGUUCCAGCACAAAGAUCUGGAAAGGAAAAUAAGUGGGUAGCACCAAGAGCUCUUGGAAGCUGAGGACAAAAGGAUACCGUGGGUCAUUUCUUCAAGGGGAAGCCCUCUUUACUAGAAAGUGUCCCCAUGAAAUUAGCCACAUGAUGAGUCUUUCCCCCAGCCGGGCACUGUGGGUUCUGUAAGAUGGGUCUGCACGUUUCAUGGUGAGGACUGUCUCUAGUGUGGGAUCUGGAGUUGUCACAUGUGUCCUGGGUUUAAGAGGUGGCUUGACUUCCGAAUGUAAAACUGACUGUGCCUUAGUAUCACCCUGUCCGGUGCCCCUCGGGCAGCUGGUGGUGUCCGGGAGAAUAGAUGCCUGUUCCAGACUUCGAUGCCUGUUUGGGCUCUUAUUUGGUUUGGGAUGUUCCUGUCUUCUGCUCUGCAGGUUGAGGGGCAAAGCCAGUGUCCCAGGAGACUUGUGCCACAGCUUGUUCGCAGUUUAUACAAACUCACUUUUCAAGCUCCAAGUAGAAUCUGAUUGGCAAACUCUAGCGGCAGCAUAUGGAGCAUCUAGAUGUUCACUACCUUGAAUGGGUGUCAGUGCCACUGAACCGAGGGGGAUGGGGAGAGGGGCAGGGCCACAUUCUUCCUCUUCCUGGGAGGACGGUGGUCUAAGCCAAGGGUGGUGAGCUGGGGCCUUCCUCUCCUCACUCCUGUACAAGAGGGACAGUUAGGGCCCUUCUUUAAGCAGGUUUCUACUUCUUACCACUAAAUUGGCUUCCUUUUUCAUCCAAAACUUGGAAGUCCCCAGAUGUUCACACUUAAAAGAAGCCAAAUCUGAAUUCUGGGAUUCUAAAAUAUCUUUAACUAUGAGAGAAAAUGUAGUUCUGUCCCAUCCCCAAUUUGCAGGCCCUCUGUUCCUUCCUCUCCUCUGACUUAGCUCCAGCAAGCAAGGCUCCAUGGCUAGUCCCUAAUGCACUGACGGGAGCCAUCUCAUUAAGGACAACUUCUACUCAAAACAUGACCCUCUGGACUUCAGAUGCCUCAUUUAGCAGGAAAAGGCAUUGAGUGGAUCGGAUAUAUUUAUGUGACUGCGGGCAUUCGUGGCUGUGUAGAGUCCUUGACCAUAAUGUUAUAUGUAAUGGGAACUAUCUUAUAAACUUGAAAAAAUAAAGUUUUUAUUUUCUAUACA